GAUGCCCAGCGCUUGAACCAGCACAGCGCGCUGACAUCUGCGCAUUUUUUGUUUUGACGUUUUUUUUUCUUCUUUCUGUUCAUCUCCGCAUUUGAGAGCGUGUUUCUUUUGCGGAUGAUUUUGAAAGAAACACAGACACAAGGAUGGUGUCGGCUGGGGAGCAUUUUAACGUCGCAUUGAAUUGCAUAUUGGUUUUCAAUAAGAUCUCGCACCGGCCAGUCUACAGCGAUCCUCGGUAGUACAGUGCGCCGUUUAUCCCCCCAAAAAUGGAAGACCUUUCACGUCAAGAAAAGGCGUCAGUCCGGUGAUCGGCGUCUGAAUAUCUAAUUUUUUAUUUCCACGUCAAUUGACACAUCUGGGAAAGGAUUCAUUUCCCUUCCCUCCUGUUUACCAAGACAGCUGUGUCAUCAACAACCGGCGUGGUUUUGUUGUUGUCUGAUUUUUUUACGAGUCUGGGCAACUGGUUUAGGCGAUCGGCACAGUCUACCUCUGCGCCAGCCGUAGACUCUACAGCUAUCAAGGAGGGCUGCCUGUGACAUACAUUGCCAUCCCCUGAGUCCUCUUCUAUACCAUGAGCUCUGGCUCUGCCCAGGAUGUGGCAGUCGAGCAUUUCCUGCGUGACAUAGAGAGGCGAAGCAAGCGGCUACACUGCGCUGUGAUAGGCUGCGAGGAGGAGCGAUCCCACAGCGACAUGAACCUGCUGUAUCGUAAGAGCCGGUUGGACUGGAGGCAGAGAGACCAAGAGGGAAGUAAAAAGAGCUCCACGCAAAAUGACCCCUCAGCUACUGUUGGCAAAGUUAGAGACCUAGCUUCUUUCCGACGGCACUUCCGAAUGGGUUUCAUGACCAUGCCUGCCUCCCAGGACCUGUCCCCUCACUCCUGUGCCUCUGCCAUGGCGCCGCGCUCACAGUCCUGCCACGCUGUCGGAGCCGGAGAUACAAGUCUAGAGAAUGGAGAUUACUCAGACACCCAAUCUCAACACGGCGGCCGCUGCCCUCCAGCCAAACCCAAACGCCACCCCAGUACUCGCCUGAGCUCCUCGUCUGCUGACAGCAGAGGACCUCCUCCUGAGACACCACCUCCGCCUCCACCCACUCACUCCCAGGCAAAACACUCAGAUAAGAAGAAUGCCAUGAAGAAGUCUGACUCUGGAGAGAUUGGAGCAAAGAAGGUGCCUCCUUUAAAGCCCAAAAGAAGUCCCAGCACCCAGCUUUCCUUUGACCCUCUUCCUCCACGUGUGCCUCCUUCUGCCACAUCAAUGCCCUUUCAGGCAUCAGACUCUCAGAUUCAGACAGGAGAUGGGGAUGAUGAGCCAGUCUAUAUUGAAAUGGUGGGCCAAGUGUUCACCAGAGACAGUCAGACGGCCACACCCCACCCUGUAACCCCUGUGGCCACAACACCGGACUCUGACUCAGACCAGAGUGAGGCAAUCUAUGAGGAGAUGAAAUACCCAAUGCAGGAGGACAGGGAGUCCCACAGACACCUCCCUCCCAAACAUGAGAAACUGAAAACCUCUAAACACUUUCAUGUGACACCUUCUGCCAGCAGCUCCUCUUCGCUGCCACGCCCAUCUUCUUCUUCCCCUUCCUAUUCCAAACCUAAAGCUACUGUAUCAAUCUCCCAUUCAUCUCCUCUGCCUGCCUCUGCAUCCUCCACCCCAGUGCCCCAGGUCCUCUCUGCCAGCCCCCACACACCACGAGCUCCUACACCCUAUCUGCUGCAAGGGAAUAAAUCGGAGCAAGAAUCAAACACAAAGAUCCCGGCGCCUUUCCCCAAUCUUCUACAGCACCGGCCCCCGCUACUCGCCUUCCCUCAGCCUGCAGCAGCCUCCAGCGGGGUCGGGGUGCAGAACAAGUCAUCUGCUUCCACUAAAAUGGGAACUCAGACAUCAAGCGCAACAACGCAAGCGAGCACCUCUUCCUCGGCCUCUUCUAAUAUUCCUGUAUCCCUGUCGGGCUCCAAGGAAUCAUCAGGAGGCAGUGCAGCGCAGCAGGACAAGCACAGCAGAGACACCCAGUUAGGCCCAGCUCCUGGACUGAGAGCCAGGAGUCACUCCACGCCCCUGCCUCCUUCCUCUAAAUCCACCUCCCCCUUUUCCCAUCACCAUCAUCACCCUCACCAUCGCCCCUCACACUACCAUCACUAUCGGAAGCCAGAAAGAGGAGAUUCUCCUGCGCCGACCAAGAGCAGCUCCCAGGCUUCUAACCAGGCCACAGUCCAGACACAAACCUCAAGUACAGGCAAGGAGGGCAAGUCAGUUAGCUUCCUCCUGAAGUCUGACAAAGGUGAGAAGGAUAAGGACAGGGAAAAGGACAGAGACAGGGACCGAGACAGAGAAAGGGAUAGGGGUAGAGGAGACAGGGACAAGGAAAGAGAGAGAGACAAGGACAGAGAUAGAGACAGGGAUAGAGAUAAGGAAAAGGACAGGGAAAGAGACAGAGACAGAGAAAGGGAUCGUGAUAGGGAAGGAGGUCCACACUCUUUACAGUUGGACAUCACUACCAGCACGAGCAGCCAAACGCCUCAAAGCAGCACCAGCUCAACCCCCACGCCAUUAUCCUCAUCCCAGCGUCCUCACUCUCGCCCACACCUCCGUUCUCACACGCCUCACGGCCUUCCAGCGUACAAGCCGCCCUCCUCGGACAGCCCCUUGCUAUGGACCUACCCCUCCGGUGGCUUCAGGAGGCCCCCGGCUUAUGAGAGCUUGAGAGGCAGCUCUCAGACACCAUCUCUGCAGCAGCCCUCGAGUCUUACUGGUAUUGGUGAAGGUGCGUUCAAGAGCAAUGGAGGGUCUGCAUCCCUUCAGUCUAAAGUUGGCUUUAUGCCUUGGGACAGCAGUGCCAGUUUAUCUGCCGAUGACGGGUCUUACUGGCCUAUGCAGAGGAAAUUGUCCUUCAGUCACGGCAGCAGAGAGACAGAGAAGGAUGAAGGGCGGGCAUGGAACGGUAGUGCUGAUGCCCUGUUAAGGACGGACAAGGAAGAGCUUGGAAUAGGGUCUCGGGGAGGCCAUUCAGGCAUCCCAGUCCACUUCAGUGGGUCCACAAGCAGGGCUCUUGGACACAGUGAGUCACUGGCCGGUGUUGACAGCAGCCUAGGAUUCAGAGCUCUGCCCAGGGUAGGGCUGCCUCUUCCCUGCCAGACCUUUCCUGCCUGUCGCAACGGAGAAGUGGGGCGGCUGGGUCGCUCCUCCUCUGCUGCUGGAGUGAGACAGGUGGGUGGAGGAGAUGUUCAGAGACAGAGCAGUCUACCAGCACGAGAAGCCCUGAAUCAGCUGCAUAGUUUGGCCCAGCCUCAAGUACCCUGCAGUCCCAGCAGUCCCAGUGGUCCCGGUGUGUCACGGCAGCAGCAGCAGCAGCUUCAGCUACACCAGCAGCAGCUGCAGUUAAAGCAGCAGCUUCAGCAGCUUCAGCAACAGCACCACCUGCAGCUGCAGUUCCAACAGCUCGCCCAGUUGGCACAGGGACAACCUGUUGUCAGUGGGGUCACCACCCCAUCCACAUCGCAGACCCAGAGAGACGGCAAGUUGCUGGAAGUCAUCGAGCGUAAGCGCUGCCUGUGCAAAGAAAUCAAGGCACACAGGCGUCCUGACAAAAGCUUGUGCAAGCAGGACAGCAUGCCCAUCCUCCCUAGCUGGAGACGGACACCUGAACCUCGUAAGACUGGCACACCUCCCUGCCAGAGGCCACAAGCCGUUGUGUGGGACACGGCUAUCUGACGUGGAAGUCAGGCCAGCGAGUACAGCACUAGAAGAGAUGAGCUGAAGAUGGCAGAAUUAUGAAUGAGAGUAAAAAUGGAUAUAGAAACUAGAAAAUUCUUUAAAUGGCUUUGGUGAUGUAAUUACCACCAGGGAAUGGGAGACUAUGGACCAAGAAGAAAACCCUUGAUAGCAUUUUUAUUGUGUGAUAAACUGAUCCGUGAACAGUAACUGAUGAAGGGUACUGGAGACUCUGAACCCAUCUGGGGAAAAAAACAAACAAAAAAAUACUGAUCAAGAGGUGAAGAAUAAGAAGUAUUACAAUCAAACUACAUGAAUUUCUUACAAAUUGGAUUUGUAUCUGCUCUGUAUUAUGUAGUACACUAUGUAAAUGUGUUCUAAUUGCCAAUGUUUUUUGCCACAAAACACCAGUAUUAUUGCUACAAAAGGAAGACGCCAACUAACUAAUAAUUAGCGGGUUGUUUUCUGAAGUCGGUGUUGCCAAAUUUCUUCCUGACUACUUGAUACAUAAAUUGUGUAUUUUCGCCAACAAGCAGGUGUCCAACACGCUUAAAAACUACUCUGUGGAUGAGAAAAGGCAAGACUCAUAGAUAAGUUGCUGAAGUGUUUCUUGAAAUUGUGAAUGUAUAUGAGAUGUCUUGGUAUCAAUAGAUUGUCAUUGUGGAUGCAAAUAAUCAUCACCGAGGAGUAAAAGCUACCUACUGUAUCUGUUUGCAUAUUUGUAAUGUAAAUCUAUUUAAUUUCUCAACGUUUCUGCAAUUUUAUAGCAAUAUCCUCCCGACGCUGGAGCAACAUAAUUAAAACUUGUGUCAACUAGCCUACAAUACAUAUCUAAGACUUGAAGAAGUCAUAUUUACUGUGUCAUUCUCUGCAUGUCAUGAUAGACAUACAGUAUUGUAAAAAAAACAAAACAACAAAAACAAACAAAAAAAUCCCAACUAAAAUAAAAAAUUAGUGUAGAGAUGAUCAUGGCAAACUUUUACAUACAGCAAAUCUUCACUAUGAUAACGUGUGGUUGUAUAAAAAGCUGAAUAUGUUGU